AUGCGAUUAACUCUGAAUGCAAAUGGUCCAAUAACGUGUCUUCGUUUAGAUUUUAAACGCAAUAUUUUACUUGCAGGAGUUGAUAAAGAAAUUAAAAUUUAUGAUCUGCUAACUGGACAUGUUUAUCGAAAUUACAAAGGUCAUCGUGAUAUAAUCAGGUCUAUAAUUAUAUUACCGGAAGAAGAUGAGUACGUAUCCGCAAGCGCUGAUGGUCAAAUCCGUAUAUGGAGUGCUUGGAAGGGUAACCGUAAUCAACCAACAAUUGUUUCGACAGAUCAAGAAUCAGCACUUGCUGCGGCCCAAUUGGCAGCUGUUAAAUUAUCCCUAAAUCCAGCAGCAUCACUCGGGGCAGCCGCAAGAGCAUUCAGUAAAGCAGGACGAUUCAGAUGCAUUGUUGAAUGCCUAAUGAGACAUCAACGUGUGGAAUAA